UUUCCAGAACGCUCGGUGAGACGCGGAGGAGCGGCGGCUACCCGAGCUGCGCCCAGCAACGCGCUCCUUCCCGCUCCCCCACAUCGGCCUCGGCCCUCUCACCGGCUGUAGAAAAUGGUGAAAGAAACCACUUAUUAUGAUGUUUUGGGGGUCAAACCCAAUGCCACCCAAGAAGAACUGAAAAAGGCCUACAGGAAACUGGCUUUGAAGUACCACCCUGAUAAGAAUCCAAAUGAAGGAGAGAAGUUUAAACAGAUUUCUCAAGCUUAUGAAGUACUCUCUGAUGCAAAGAAAAGGGAAUUAUAUGACAAAGGAGGUGAACAGGCAAUUAAAGAAGGUGGAGCUGGUGGUGGUUUUGGCUCCCCCAUGGACAUCUUUGAUAUGUUUUUUGGAGGAGGAGGAAGAAUGCAGAGAGAAAGGAGAGGUAAAAAUGUUGUGCAUCAGCUCUCAGUAACCUUAGAAGAUUUAUAUAACGGUGCAACAAGAAAACUAGCUCUGCAAAAGAAUGUGAUUUGCGAUAAAUGUGAAGGCCGAGGUGGUAAGAAAGGAGCAGUUGAGUGUUGUCCCAAUUGCCGAGGUACUGGAAUGCAAAUAAGAAUUCAUCAGAUAGGACCUGGAAUGGUUCAGCAAAUUCAGUCUGUGUGCAUGGAGUGCCAGGGCCAUGGGGAACGGAUCAGUCCUAAAGAUAGAUGUAAAAGCUGCAAUGGAAGGAAGAUAGUUCGAGAGAAGAAGAUUCUAGAAGUUCAUGUUGACAAAGGCAUGAAAGAUGGCCAGAAGAUAACAUUCCAUGGUGAGGGAGACCAAGAACCAGGACUGGAACCAGGAGAUAUUAUCAUUGUUUUAGAUCAGAAGGACCAUGCUGUUUUUACUCGGCGAGGAGAAGACCUUUUCAUGUGUAUGGACAUACAGCUGGUUGAAGCACUGUGCGGUUUUCAAAAGUCAGUAUCUACUCUUGACAACCGAACCAUUGUCAUCACCUCUCAUCCAGGUCAAAUUGUCAAGCAUGGAGAUAUCAAGUGUGUGCUAAAUGAAGGCAUGCCAAUUUAUCGUAGGCCAUAUGAGAAGGGUCGCCUCAUCAUCGAAUUUAAGGUAAAUUUUCCUGAGAAUGGCUUUCUGUCUCCUGAUAAACUCUCUUUGCUGGAAAAACUCCUACCUGAGAGAAAGGAAGUAGAAGAGACUGAUGAAAUGGACCAAGUAGAACUGGUGGACUUUGAUCCAAAUCAGGAAAGACGGCGUCAUUACAAUGGGGAAGCAUAUGAGGAUGAUGAACAUCAUCCCAGGGGUGGUGUUCAGUGUCAGACCUCUUAAUGGGGCCAGUGAAUAACACUGCUGGCAUUUUAUGUGCAGUAGUGAAUGAGUGAAGGACUAUAAUCAUAGCUCACUACUUGCUAUUGUUUUUGUUUUAAUAUUCAACUAUAGUAGUGUUUUAAAAGGUAAAUGAAGAAUAAACUCAAAUAUAAAAGCUCUGACUUUGCCCCGUAUGUAUGAUGACUUCAGUGUGGAAGAUAAGUUUAAUAUUUGUAAAAACUGCUUUCAAAAAAAAUCUCUCCUAGCAUUUGUUAGGCCAUACCUUGUAAUUAAUUUCAGUUCUAUGUAUAUGAAACAGCUCAGACUGAAAUGCUGGGUGUAUGUAUUGACUUCAGUGUAUGACCCU